CGCCCGCCGCAGCCUGAGAGGAAACAAAGUGCUGCGGGCGGGAGAAUCGGCGGCGGCGGCGGCGCGAGGACUCUGCUUGGCCCUCUCGGUCACCCUUGCUUCACGUCUCCCUGUGCUUGUGUUUGUAUGUGUCUGUGUGCGUGUUUUCUCACAAAGGGCAUUUUACGGUCGGUUGAUUGAUUCAUAGUCUUUUACCCCGCUCUACCCUUUGUGCUACAACCCCCGCUCUCGCCUCCCCAGCUGUUUCUCCCUCCCCACGCCGGAGCCGCACGUUAGUGCGAACCAUCCAUUCCCGCCUUCCCUGCUUCACUCCCUGCAACGCUCGCCGUGCCCCCGCUUGAUUCCUGUGCUGCCUGCGGCCUUUCAGGUCGGCUCUCCCCGCCAGCCCCCGCCGCCCACCAUGGCGACAGCGACCCCCGUGCCGCCGCGGGCCGGCAGCCGCGCCAGUGCCCCCUCCACGCCGCUGAGCCCCACGCGGCUGUCGCGGCUGCAGGAAAAGGAGGAGCUGCGCGAGCUCAAUGAUCGCCUGGCUGUGUAUAUCGACAAGGUGCGCAGUCUGGAGACGGAGAACAGCGUGCUCCAGCUGCAGGUGACCGAGCGGGAGGAGGUGCGCGGCCGCGAGCUCACCGGCCUCAAGGCGCUCUACGAGACCGAGCUGGCUGACGCGCGACGCGCGCUCGACGACACGGCCCGCGAGCGCGCCAAGCUGCAGAUCGAGCUGGGCAAGUGCAAGGCCGAGCACGACCAGCUGCUCCUGAAUUAUGCUAAGAAAGAAUCUGAUCUUAGUGGAGCCCAGAUCAAGCUUCGAGAAUAUGAAGCAGCACUGAAUUCUAAAGAUGCAGCUCUUGCUACUGCACUUGGUGACAAAAAAAGUUUAGAGGGAGAUUUGGAAGAUCUCAAGGAUCAGAUUGCCCAGUUGGAAGCCUCCUUAGCUGCUGCCAAAAAACAGUUGGCUGAUGAAACGUUACUUAAAGUGGAUUUGGAAAAUCGCUGUCAGAGUCUUACUGAGGACUUGGAGUUUCGUAAAAAUAUGUAUGAAGAGGAAAUUAACGAGACCAGAAAAAAGCAUGAAACUCGCUUGGUAGAGGUAGAUUCUGGGCGUCAGAUUGAGUACGAGUAUAAGCUGGCUCAGGCGCUUCAUGACAUGAGAGAGCAACAUGACGCCCAAGUAAAGCUGUACAAGGAAGAGCUUGAGCAGACUUACCAUGCCAAACUUGAGAAUGCCAGGCUGUCCUCAGAGAUGAAUACAUCCUCUGUCAACAGUGCCAGGGAAGAACUCAUGGAAAGUCGGAUGAGAAUUGAGAGUCUUUCAUCUCAGCUUUCUAAUCUACAGAAAGAGUCUAGAGGAUGUUUGGAAAGGAUUCAAGAAUUAGAGGACUUGCUUGCUAAAGAAAGAGACAACUCUCGUCGCAUGCUGUCUGACAAAGAGAGGGAGAUGGCGGAAAUAAGGGAUCAGAUGCAGCAACAGCUGAGUGAUUAUGAACAACUUCUUGAUGUAAAGUUAGCUCUGGACAUGGAAAUAAGUGCUUACAGAAAACUCUUGGAAGGCGAAGAAGAGAGGUUGAAGCUGUCUCCAAGCCCUUCUUCUCGUGUGACAGUAUCACGAGCCUCCUCAAGUCGCAGUGUUCGUACAACUAGAGGAAAGCGGAAGAGAGUUGAUGUGGAAGAAUCUGAGGCAAGCAGUAGUGUUAGCAUCUCUCAUUCCGCCUCAGCAACUGGGAAUGUUUGCAUUGAAGAGAUAGAUGUUGAUGGAAAAUUCAUCCGCUUGAAGAAUACUUCUGAACAGGAUCAACCAAUGGGAGGCUGGGAGAUGAUCAGAAAAAUAGGAGAUGCAUCAGUUACUUAUAAAUAUACCUCAAGAUAUGUGCUGAAAGCAGGCCAGACUGUUACAAUCUGGGCUGCAAAUGCUGGUGUCACAGCCAGUCCUCCAACUGACCUCAUCUGGAAGAACCAGAACUCCUGGGGCACUAGCGAAGAUGUGAAAGUUAUAUUGAAAAAUUCUCAGGGAGAGGAGGUUGCGCAAAGAAGUACUGUCUUUAAAACAACUAUACCUGAAGAGGAAGAGGAGGAGGAAGAAGCACCUGAAGUGAUUAUAGAGGAAGACAUCUUUCACCAGCAGGGAGCCCCAAGAACAUCUAAUAGAAGCUGUGCAAUUAUGUGAACUCAAGUCAUCUCUCCUCCUCAAAGAAAUAUGGUCAUCCUUACCUACAUACAGUGCAGAGCCUUCUUGAAGCACAGAAUAUUUUUAUAUUUCCUUUAUGUGAAUUUUUAAGCUGCGAAUCUGAUGGCCUUAAUUUCCUUUUUUUGACACUGAAAGUUUUGUAAACGAAAUCAUAUCCAUACAUUUUUUUGCAAGAUGUGAAUUAUUGACACUGAACUAACUGUACUGUUGUUUGGAAAGGGUCCCUCAAAAAUUUUGACUUUUUUUUUUUGUAUGUGUGUUUGUUCUUUCAAUUUCUUACGGUGGGGAGGGAGGAAUAAAUAAAAACCACUGUGUGUCUGGGUUAAUUUGAAGAUUGCUCUAUCUAGGUUAGCAAUCUGCUCUUGAUUGUUCUCUGCUAUAUAUAACGGUGCUGUGAGGGCGGGGGAAGCAUUUUUCAAUAUAUUGAACUUUUGUACUGAAUUUUUGUAAUAAGCAAUCAAGGUUACUUUUGUUUUGUUUUGUUUUUUAAAAUAGAAAAGAUAAAUUUUGUAAGCAGGCAAUAUUAACCUAAUCAUCAUGUAAGCACUCUGGAUGAAGGAUUCUGCAAAACUUUGUUUUAUGGUUAUUUCUCUUAGAUUCUUAAUUCAUGACGGGAACAAAGGGAGGGCAGUGAGGUGGGAGGGAAGGGCAUCUCUAUUAAAAUGCUUUAGUUGUGGGUUUUUUUAAGAUAGUGUAACUUGCUUAUUUCUUAUGUGACAUUAACAAAUAAAAGCUCUUUUAAUAUU